CCGCCUCGAAAUAUCGAAUGCAGAGCAUAAAACCGCCGUAGCGUUUAAAAAGAAAUAUAUAUAAUCGAAAACCAAAAUCAAAUCCCGCUAAUAGAGAAGGAAGGCGCGCCUUUCUGCUCCGAAAUCCUCUUCGCCGGAGAACCUAGUCCGGUCGGCCGAUCGAUUGGGUGAACGGUUAGUUUUCCGAUGGAGGUUUUCCCUUUCUCCUCCAAAUGCGCGAGUACCAAUGUCGUAAGCCGUCCGUUGCUUCUUCCGCCGCUGUUACUCAUCUGCUUGUUGCUGCUUUCUGCCGCUACUCAUCUGUCUGCCUUGAAAGAGGUCAAUUUGAAGAAUCCAGUUGUGGAUGUCACUCCAGUUCCCCUUGCUGGAUUUUCAUCAUCUAGAGAUAUUGUAUCAUGUGAACGUGUUUUAGUUGCUGGUCUAUCGAGAUUGAAACUGUGGAGCUAUUCUAGUGCAUAUCGUGUCACAUUGAUCCCAUCUGCAGCUAUCCCUGAGAGGUUACAUGCCAAAAUUCAUAUUUGCUCCCACAAGAAUUCUUCUCUUGGUUCGUGUCAGUGUGAUAAAGAUGACUGGAAAAUCUUACAAAAAGGGGCUUGGAACUCUGUUAUGUCACCUUACGUGGACAGAUUUAUUGAUGUAAAAUACUUUGGUGAUUUUUCUGGUUCCGUCACUGUUACAGUUGAAGAGGAUUCACAAAAGUGGCGUCUGCUAUGUCUUGCUCUGGGCUUGAUUCUAUUGCUAUUGGCUCCAACUGUCAGCAGUUGGGUUCCCUUCUAUUAUAGCAGUUCAAUGAUGAUUGGAGUUUGUCUUGUUAUUAUAAUCCUCCUCUUCCAGGGAAUGAAGUUACUACCAACUGGCAGGAAAAAUUUCUUCUAUCUAACUAUAUAUGGAUCAGUGCUUGGAGCUGGAUCAUUUUUGCUACAUCACUUCUCAAUGAUGGUCAAUUCUAUUCUUUUAAGUUUUGGGCUUGAUGAAGAGUUACAUAACCCUGUUUCUGUAUUUCUUCUAGUUGGAAUUAUCCUUGCCGGAGCUGGUAUGGGAUAUUGGCUUGUGAGGAAGUAUGUUGUUUCGGAGAAUGGAGGUGUUGAUGCUGGAGUGGCUCAAUUUGUAAAAUGGGCCAUUCGUGUUGUUGGCAUCACUCUUAUCUUUCAGAGCACAUUGGAUAUUCCUCUUGCUAUGGCUGUUCUUGGUUCUUGGUUCUUGAUUUGCUCUUCUGUCACUUCCGUGAUGCGACGUAGAGCAAGGGAUUCAUCUUAUUCACGAAAUAGGACUUCUAGUACGGGGAUGAAUAGGCAAAUGAAUAUGACACCAAAGCGUGCUGAGUUCUUUAGGAAGUCGCAGGGACCAGGGUUCUAUGGACGCAUGUCUAACAGGUCAAAAAGUUCAUCUCCUUGGUCUGAUCCUCCUGUUAAAGGUCGAGCAGUCCAGUCUAAUAUGUGGGGGAGACAAAAUCUGCCGGAGUAUUACUCGACCUUCCACAAGACGCCUAACAGGAAGAAAUUCUCGGAAAGGGAAUGGGAGGAGUUCACUCAAGACUCCACCAAGCAUGCAAUCACGGAGCUAGCAUCUUCAUCUGAAUUCACUGAUUGGAUCAUAAAAAAUGCCAACAGAGUUCAGAUGCUCCCAGAAGAGAGUUCAGACGAAACAGUCGAGAGCGGGUCAGACUCCACAGACGAGAGCGCUGCAGAGAGUUGCAGUGGGAUCAGCUUGUUCAAAUGGCAGCGUAACAGGUAGCAGCACCCUGAUGCGUGGCAACUGAUAUAAACCGAGGCGGCUCUAGCUAUUAGCCAAGUAGAACUUGUAAUUAUCUCUGUAGAAUGUUGGAAGAUAGGGCUAGUUUUAGGGAUGCACAGGCCUUUUUUCUCCCCAAAAAAAAAAUCUUAGAUUCAUAUUAGUAUUCUGUCUCCAGAUUUUGUUUUAGGUAGUUUUCACUUUUGUACUACUGAUUCCUUUUCAGCUUUUGCGAGAGUUGUAAUCAUACUGGCGAAGUGGCAGUGUACUAAGCUGAGGUUUCCAUUUCAUGUUAGUUUUCAAUUUUCAUGGUAGAAAGCUUUUCACAAAAACUAAAAAAGAUAGUUUACUUUUGCCUUGUAACAAUUACAGUUGUAUAUCACUCAAGUUCAAUUCUUGUGAAA